AUGUUGUUUUGUUUUUCUCAUGUGAUAAUAGGGAUAUCUCUGGGAGUAUCUCCGAGUGUAAGCACAAUAAAGCCUCUCUUGGCAGCAAUCACUUUCCAUCAGCUCUUUGAAGGUUUUGGUCUUGGUGGUUGCAUCUCUGAGGCAAAGUUUGGAGUUAAGAAAAUUUGGAUUAUGGUGUUAUUCUUCGCACUCACGGCACCAGCAGGGAUUGGAAUUGGUAUUGGAGUUGCUGAGAUUUACAAUGAGAAUAGCCCAAUGGCACUAAAAGUGUCUGGUUUUCUUAACGCUGCGGCGGCUGGAAUCUUAAUUUAUAUGGCACUUGUUGAUUUGGUAGCUCCACUUUUUAUGAACCACAAAGCUCAAAGUAGUAUGAAAAUACAAUUGGCUUGUAGUUUUUCUCUUGUUCUUGGUGCUGGUUUGAUGUCCCUUUUAGCUGUUUGGGCUUGA